CAUGUUAGUUGUCACCAAACCAUUCUUCUGAACUUUCAUUCCAAGAACUUUCCCUUUUCACAUAUCAAUAAAUACACACCAAAUUUUUGCGGUCAAUAAAAAUGCACCCAAACACAUUUUAAAAAUCAUUUCUCAUAUUCACUUCAACUCGUUCGAAUCAUCAUGGCAACACAGAUUUCUCAUCUGGAACCUUGGUGCAGCUUUGCCGGAAAAGUUGUCCUCAUCACCGGAGCUUCUGCCGGCAUCGGCCGUGAUCUCUGUCUCGAUCUUGCUAAAGCUGGAUGCCGUGUCGUCUUGGCAGCUCGUCGUGUAGACCGCCUCCAGUCUGUCUGUGAUGAAAUCAAUGGACAGUUCCUGUCACAGCAAUCGCGAAACCUCCGUGCAGUUGCGGUGGAGCUUGAUGUCUCAGCCGACGGCUCCGCCAUAGAGAAGUAUGUGGAGAAGGCGUGGGAAGCUUUUGGACAUAUCGAUGCAUUGAUUAAUAAUGCCGGUAUCAGAGGAAAUGUGAGUUCACCCUUGGAAUUGUCUGAGGAAGAAUGGAAUAAAGUGUUUAAAACGAACAUAACUGGUACAUGGUUGGUGUCAAAAUAUGUAUGCAAACUCAUGUGUGAUUCAAAGAGAAAAGGAUCAAUCAUCAAUAUCUCUUCAAUUGCUGGCUUAGAAAGGGGACAAUUACCUGGAGCUACUGCAUAUGCUUGUUCAAAAGCAGGUGUCAACAUGCUAACAAAGGUGAUGGCAUUGGAAUUGGGGGCAAACAAAAUAAGAGUGAAUUCAAUAUCACCCGGACUUUUCAAAUCCGAAAUCACUGAAAGUUUGAUGAAGAAAGAUUGGCUAAACAAUGUGGCCAAAAAAACAGUACCAUUGAAAGAUUAUGGCACUUCAAAUCCAGCAUUAACUUCAGUUGUUCGCUACUUAAUUCACGAUUCUUCUGAAUAUGUGACCGGAAACAUUUUUAUUGUUGAUGCUGGUGUUACCUUACCCGGCUUGCCUAUUUUUUCAUCACUAUGAAUAGGCUGAAAUUUGGAUUAAACAUUUUUUGGCAACAUGAGUUAUGAUGUUACUACGGGAAAUACAAUUUUUUUUUUCUCUUC